AACGGAGCACUAGGAGAAGAACUUUUAAGAUGGGAGGAGUGAUAAGUCUCCUCGGAUCUGACUCAGGAAUGCUAUGAUUUUAUAGACCUUAGAGUAAAAGUUUAAUGGAAUGAUUUGAAAAAAGGCUUGGAAUGGGUUCGAAAAGUGGCCCUUAGAAGUUAAUGCCGGCUAAUAAACUCUUAAAGUAAGGGAGUUUGAGAGGAAGGACGUCGAAGCAAUAAGUAAUAAAAGCUAAGAAGGUAGGAAUGCAAACGGGGUAAAGAGGAGUAUUACGAGCGAUGCAAAGGUUUGCUAAGCGAAGGAAUCAGACUUGAGCUGAGGGAGCCAAGCCUGAAUCACAAUAAUUUAGUGGCGAGAAUAAACCAGUUUGGACGCAGCUUUGGCAGAGAAGGAUUUGUGAUACAUAGAAAAAUCUGGAAGCCAUGUUUGAAAAGAAGGUCGACGAUAAGAGAGGAAUAGGUAUCACACUUAUUCUACGCUCAGAUUACAGAACAGAAGACGUCUCUGAAAUGCUUAAAGGCGGCCGAAAGCUCGCCAAAGGGGAUUCUUAGAAAGGUGGGGAGUAGAUAAUUUAAACACAGCAUUAAGCCAUCAGGUAAAGCGAAACAGUGAUCAACCUCGAGAUGAAUGAAGCAAGGAAGACUGUGAGUUGACUGGAGUAGAAGAAGACGUCGGAGCCUGGGGAGCGGGAAGAUCAGGUUGAGAAACGAGAUCGGAGGAGAACCACUGGAGAAGCCGGGCCGGGUGACGCGGCGGCGGGAGCCGCGGUGAAGGCAGGGCGACUUCAGCAACACUUAGGAGGAGUUCUUAAGGCGCUUUCCACAUGCCCGGAGCUGAGACGAGGGGAAAAGGGGCCAUUAGGCAGGAGGCCAGUCGAUCGCUCCUACAAGCGGAGGAGGAGGAAGGAGGGCGGGAUUGAUACAAACAGUAGGAGGAACCGCCAAGUCGCAGGAAAGUAGUCUGACAUGUCACAGCUGAUUGUCGAAGCUCAGCAGAAGAGUGUCUUCCAUGCAAAGGGUCUUUGAAAGUGAUGCUCUGGGAGAUGAUUGGCUGAGGAGAAGUGCGGACCUGCCGUUGAUUGGAGCAGCCAGUGAGGAGUGAUUGGACGCGGCGGGGUGGUGAGUCUUCCAUGUUGAAUUUUUGUUUAAACUCCCAUUUCUAAAAUGAAUGAAUGAAUAUCCUUUAUUGUCAUUGUUACGAGUACAACAAAAUUAAAAAUUUGAUCUAUCUACAUGCCUACACAAGUGUAAUUCAAACAAAUGAGUCAGUUGUUAACAGAGUUUCUGCAGACCUUAAUAAGCUGCAGCAGUGACAGAAAAGAUGGCCCCAGCAAAACAACUGUCUGCUGAAACAAUGGAAAAGACAAGAAAACUCCUUCAAGAAGAGGUCAUCGUCCUUGUUGGACAACCGGAUGGAGACUAAAGCAACUCCUUGUUUCCCCGAGUGAGAAGCUUUUAAUGCUGAUGGGGUGCAUUUGUCACACUGGAGAGCUUCCCCACCGAGGAGCUAAACCCCAGCCAAAAAUCAGCACCUGAGGACUGUUGUUUCCUCAUUAUCGGUUCCUGCUGCUCCAAAAGAACAACAGGCAUGUUGGCAAGUCAAUAGGAUUCUAUUUCUUUAGCCUUACUGCUUUCACAUUUUAAGUUUCAAAUCUAUUCACAGCACCAAUGUUGGAGGUUAUGUCUUUAUCCAGCUUCAGAAAGUUCCUCACCGAGGGAAAGAAACAACCGACAAGAUGCCACAACGCCUAGGAAAUGCUUUUUAUUAUUUUUGCUGCAGCAAUUUACUAUACCCCAAAAUAUUUCCAUCCUGAGCAGCUAAAGAGAAACACUCCUGUGUAAAGUCCUACUUGACCUUUUUUCGUAUCUCAACCUUAUCAGGAACCUUUAUUGUCACUUUUUGUUCUUGUGUUGCUGUAUGAGAGCAAACUUUGUGAACACUGAUGCCAUUCAGUCACAUGAGAUGGGCAAAGUGGGACCAACCUGAAAAAUCAAGCUUGACAAAAAUAGUUUCUGAUAUCAGGAAAACAUCUUCUUUAAUAAUCCAACACAACUUCAGGCAUCUCACAGCCUUCAGGAUAAACUUGUCAUGUGUCGUCCUCUGGACCCUGCGCCAUAACAAGAGAAAAAUUAAAGAAUAGGAUUAAAGAUGGAUUAUCACUAAAACACUACAGCCAUCAAAGCAGCUGCCUUGGUAUAAACCCAUCGGACGCUCUUAGGGGAAACGCUCGGCCAACCAAUUUGUAGAUUACAUUUGCCUGUGGAUGUGGUGGCCUCUUGUGUGGUUGAUCUUUUCAAACACGGAUGGAGAAUAUAGAUGAGCUGGAGCACCCUCUUCUAGGAGAAAGCACCGGUAACAAACAGGCAUCUGGGCAGGGACAGGGGACUGGGCAGGGACAGGCUCCAGUUGGACUUUUUAAGGGCAUUUUGGUGAAGUGUGAGGAGGACAGAUCAUACCCUCCUCUAGCUUGGAGAAGCUAUUGUGGACAUCCUCCAGAGAUACAGCACCAGCAGCUGCUAGACCCUUGCUCCUUACCUCGAACCCUGGAGUCCUUUUACCCAGCCGGCCCCCUGUGGGGCCAAACAGACCUCAGCAAAGACUACCUAGAGACUACCUUUGUGGACAUUCGGCCCGGCUCAGCGCUGGAGAGGAAACUACUGGCCGAGACGCAGGACUUCCACAGCGCGGCCUACAGCAUGGAUGAUGAGGACGACCUACUUCCUGACUCUGAUGACUCGUCCAUUGAUGAUCUUAGUGAUACGGACAGUGACAGCAACUUUCCUCUGAUGAUCCCUCAGGACUACCUGGGUCUGGCCUUUUUCUCCAUGCUCUGCUGCUUCUGGCCUCUGGGCAUCGCAGCGUUCUACCUUUCUCAGAAGACCAACAAGGCAUCAGCUCAGGGGGAUUUUCAGGGAGCCAACGCAGCCUCUCGCCAGGCUCUGUGGCUCUCCGUGCUCUCCAUUGUGUUUGGAAUCAUAACUUACAUCUGUGCCAUCGCUGCGCUGAUUUCCUACCUGUCUGCAAAGCCAUCGUAAGAGGAACAGCUAGCACCUGGAUGCAGACACACAAAGACACAAACCUUUCAUGAAUAUCAGCACAUCAUCUGUAAAAUAAUUAAUAAACAAAAAGAUCUUAACCACGUUUCACUGGAUUAGGACAUCAUUUGAUUUAGAGAACAUUCCUCCACAUUCAAGCUUGUGUCCAUCUCACUGACUUUGACAAAUUUGUGCUACACCUUUCAUUACAUUUUAAAUGAAGUUCAAGGAGGGAAACAGUUAAUGCAGAUUUUUCUACAAUCUGAACGAAUGACAGAAGACAGAGAGAAGACGGCUGUUGCAAGGUGAUGUCUGCAGGCUUAUCAGCGUUAAAGGCAACUCCUGAUGGACAAAUCCAGCGAUGUCACUUACAUAAUGUGGGGACAUGCCAGAAGCAAUGUUUCUUCAGAGAUCCCCAGAAUUCCUCAACAUCCCAUCCUGAUUCCCAAGUCAGCAUUACCUGUUGUUUACCUGCAGAAAGGACUGCCUUUUGCUGUGUUCUAAAGCCAGGUUUUAUCUUUAUGACAAUAAUAGAGUGCCGUUAUAUAUUAAAUUAAAUAGAAAUAAGAAGUGUGAGUAUUAUGAAACAUAUCCGGAAUUAGGAGAAAAGAAAGUGCUGCUGGGAAAUUUUAACAGACCAGUGAGGAAAAGUGCCAAAAAUGUCAAAGUGACCAGACUGUAAAGAAAAUGUUCCUAAAACAUAAAUUCAGAUACUUUUUUCUGUUAAAAAUGACUGAAAUACAUGGGGAAAACCCAUAGAAAAUAACAACAGCAGUGCACAGGCUUAGAUGUACAAAAAAUUACGUAAGAAAAAAAGAAAAUGUGUCUGCAUGGCACUUUUGUCUUUUACAAACGUGUUCAAAGCUGGAUCUUUUUGUUAUUGGGUCCAAAGUUCUUGCAAGAAAAGCUUUGAUAAACCCUUAAAAAAUGUCUGACCAUAUUGGUUUUAUCAUAAAAUGUAUUUAAAGAAAAAUGUCCAGUAAAAAUGAAGGAAGCAUUUCACAUAAUAUCUCUGCAACAGGAUGGUACCACUGAGGUUGUCUACUAACAAAAUACUGAAAGAGAGUAUCCUGCAGUUACCAAAGUAAUAACCCGAGAAUAACCAGAAUCAGUAACAUAGACGUAGAAUCAAUCUUUAAAUGUCUUAAAGCCAAGACCUUCAGAGUGGACUGGAGCAGCUCGCAGGCGAAGCGGCCAGGAUGAGUCUCAGCUCCUCCGGGGUCAUGGUUCCCUACUGUAAAAGGUGGACUGCUCCCACCUUGUUCAGGGUGAGACCAUUCCUAGAGCUGAUGAGCUUAAAGCACUUUGUGUUCUCAUCCAGAAAUGAUGGCAGGAUGGAGCAAAAAAUGAAUUGAUGGAUGGAGCGAAAGAUGAAUAGAUGGAUUUGUCAAAUAUGCACAAAAACAUCCGAACAGGAACAGACUUUUUAACCAGUUAAAACUUUGAAGAUGAUCAUCGUCAUUAUCGCUGUUUGUUUUAGUUUUACCGUCCACAGCAGUAUCCAUCAUGGAUUUGGGGAUGGAGUCAGAGACGGUCCAAGGAAUAAGCAAACUAAGCUACUGCUUAGGGCCCCCAAACCAUCAGGCGCCUCCUGUAAAUGCUUAAAUUGAUCAAACAUUUUUAUAUUUGUUUAUUGAGAAUGAGAAUACUGUUGAACUUGAUUUGACAGUUUCAGCACAGACAGAUUAAAAGAUUUGAAACUGUUUAACAUUUUAAUUCAAGAUUUAAAGGACCUGCCAAGUUUAUUUUGUAAUGGUGCCACGAAUAAUCUUCAUUGUUUGACGGUUGUGUUAAAUAGUUACAAUCUGAUGCUACGAAUUUAAUCUUUUCUUUGUGUUUGAGCUCGGCUUGUUUACAAAUACAUCUCAGCAAAUAUUAACUAAUUACCCACCAUUGCUUUUAAGCUCAGCUAAUAAAACGUGGCCCCAUCUUUCCCAGAUUGGACCAAAUCUGUAUUAAAUCACUGUUAGUGGUGAUCAUGUCUAUAACAGGAAGAGGGGCCCCAAGUUAAAUUCUGCUCAAGACUCCCAACAACUUUGGACCAGCCCUGAUUGGAGUCAAACUCUGCCUCAAACAAGUAAAUUUGAAUCCCUUGCAACUCGGCUGCUUUAGAAUCUGUCGAAAUGGAAAAAUGGUCUAUCUGCCAUAGUGUUUACAACAGCUGGCAAAAAUAGAUGGAUGAAACUUUUAUGCCACAUGAUUUAAAACAAGAGCCAAGAAACCAAAGACAAUAAAAGGAGAAUCAAUUUAAAGCGUAGAAAAAUUUGUUUUUAUAAAACGAAAAAAACUAGCUUGCCAAUAAUCUCUUCAGUCAGAAGCUUCUUCAGAUUCACUUUAAUAUAGACUAAUACAGAAGAUCCUUCCUGCCCACAGCCGUCACCAUCUUCAACGAAGACAUUUGUAUAAUGAGUUACAAAAAUAUAAAAUUUCCCUUUAGGAUUAAUAAAGUAUUUUUGAAUUUAAAUCGAUAUGAAUUGAAUAUCCAAGCUUGUUUGGUAUCACAGCCUCAUGGAAGUGGCUGUAACCUAAACAAUUAGAUAGAAUUCCACUUUCAAUUAAAUUAAAAUCAUAUGGGCAGUUACCUAAAUAAAGGGCUGAAAUGAAUCUCUUGUUGCAAUUUAGUUCAAUAUGAUGUUGCAGAAAUGUGAUCAUUUCUCAGGGCUGUAACCUAAGUUUAUUAUUAGAGAAAUGGGUCUUCACAAUGCAAAUUUUUUUUUUUUGCUGUUGUCCUUUUUGUGCCACUUUUUAAUCGGUGCUGUGAAUUUUCUUGACGUAUUUUACCGUGAUGAACACAAUGUUACUGACAGGUAAUUACCUGGGUAUAACAAAGCAAAACCCUUUAUCAAACAUAUACCUCAUUGGUACCAAAUUGUUGCAGAACUGUGUGGAGUGUUACCAAAAUGAACAAAAAAAAGUACUGUGAGGGAAAAGCCAAAAUUUUCUAUUUUGCUGUACAGUUUUUAUAGAGUCCAUAGCUGACCUAAAAAUGUCAUAAACACUCUCUUUUCUGCCGUCCCAGAGUUUAUUCAGACUGUUCAUGUUACCACCAUACCAUGAGUCAGGUAAUCCAGCUCCACUGACUUCCUGCACACAGCCACGCACCCUAACUGACCCGAAUCGUUGUAUGUCUCCACAGAACAUAUAUGCCAAAUAAAAAAACAACAACCCUU